ACCUCCUUCGUGCAUCUUCGUUGGUCAAUGAAAGACUCCAACCCAAAGUCUCUUCUGAAACUCGACGUAGAAACCGUUCUGCCUCAACGCAGAGAGGAAGAUGAUGAAAAAUUCUCACAAUCCCAAAACCCAAAACCCCAAAUUCGCCACACCCACCUUCAUUCUCAUCCUCCUCUCACUGUUAUCCUCGACACCUUUAUCUUCUUCUUCACACCGGAAACCACCUCCUCUUCCCAUUUUGCCCCUCCCUACUUCACGGCAGCUCUCAUGGCAGCUAGGUAACAUGGCCAUGUUCCUCCACUUCGGACCCAACACCUUCACCGACUCCGAAUGGGGUUCCGGCCACGCCCACCCUUCCGUCUUCUUCCCCACUCGCUUCAACGCCUCUCAGUGGAUCCAGGUCGCCAAGGACUCGGGAUUUUCACGGGUGAUCUUGACCGCUAAACACCACGAUGGAUUCUGUCUCUGGCCGUCCAAUUACACUGAUUAUUCGGUGCGAUCGAGUCCAUGGAGGGGCGGGACUGGUGAUGUUGUUGCUGAAUUGGCUGAGGCUGCUAGAGAAGCGGGAAUCGGGUUGGGGCUCUAUCUUUCUCCGUGGGAUCGGCAUGAGGAGUGCUAUGGGAAGACUCUGGAGUACAAUGAGUACUAUAUGGGGCAGAUGACCGAGUUGCUGACAAGAUAUGGAGUGAUCAAGCAUGUGUUUUUAGACGGUGCAAAAGGAGCGGGGGAGAAGGACAUGGAGUAUUUCUUUGAUUGUUGGUUUAGUCUCAUUCAUCAGCUCCAGCCGGAGGCUGAUUUUUCCGAUGCUGGUCCUGACACAAGAUGGAUAGGAGAUGAGGCUGGUGUUGCUGGGUCUACUUGCUGGUCACUUUUAAACCGUAGUGCUGUAAAGAUACCAGGCACUGAUACCCCAUAUUUACGAAGAGGGGAUCCAUGUGGGCAUGACUGGGUACCUGCAGAGUGUGAUGUCUCCAUCAGACCCGGCUGGUUUUGGCACGCAUCAGAAUCUCCGAAGUCUGCAAGGACCCUUCUUGACAUAUACUACAGUUCAGUUGGAAGAAACUGUCUCUUGUUACUGAAUGUGCCCCCAAACACUUCUGGUCUCAUAGCAGAUGAAGAUAUACAAGUGCUCCAAGAAUUUAAUGAACUACGAAAUGCCAUAUUUUCCAACAACCUGGCAGAGAAUGGUAUUCCAAGUGCCAGCAGUACAAGAGGACCUCAGUUCAGCUGCCACAAUGUCCUGGAAGAAGGAAUAUACUCCUAUUGGGCUCCUGAGGAGGAUCAAUCCGAUUGGGUUUUAUAUUUUGACUUUGAAGAAUUUGUAUCUUUCAAUGUUCUGCAAGUUCAAGAGCCAAUUCACAUGGGGCAGCGGGUUAGUGAGUUCCAUCUCGAUAUCCUUGAUGAGAGUAGGGAAUGGAAAAGAUUGAUUAGUGGCACAACAGUGGGGUAUAAAAGGCUCCUAAGAUUUCCCAAGGUCGAAACCCAGGGGUUGAGGUUUGUUGUUGACAGGUCUCGAGCAGACCCAUUGAUUUCUUAUUUGGGUAUUCAUAUGGAUCCUUUUUCCAUUUUGAGCAACAUAUCUGACACAAGCUUUAGCUCUCAACCAUACGUCAAUGGCAGUCAACCCUACCCCAAUGGCAGUCAGGCUCACUUCAAUGCAAGUCACGCACACCUCAAUGGGAGCCAAUUUCUUCGGCAAAUUUCACCCAACCAUUCUCAGGUUUCCACAAUUUAGCUUUUUCUGGAUAGAAUUUCCCAUGCAAGAACAGGAUCCCCGGGCUUCCAUUUUCAGUAACUUGUGCCUAGUAUGUUUUGGUUUGGUCUUUUUACUGUAAAGAAGUUUGCGCACUUUCCUGUGGGGGGUUCUUCCACGGCUCCCACACACCCCAAAACUGAAAGGGUUCAGCCGCUCAAACCUGUGACCUCUCCCUGUGGCCAUAAUUCCAGUUGACAAGUAGGAUCACAUAAAAGUCCAUUGGGAAGGAAUUCUUGUAUGCUUAUUCAAUGUUCCAAUUGUUAUUAUCUGCAAUUCCCAAGAUCAUAUAAAAGUAGAUUGUGAAGGCGUUUGUGUUUGUGCAAUUAUUACCAACCUUUUAUUUUUUU